CAUUUAGCCGACUUGUUCUUCCUUGCAAAAUUUCUGCUUCAUUUUGGGAUUUCGAAGCGUUUCAAUAGCUCACAAUUAUGGGGCACUCCAACGUGUGGAAUUCUCACCCCAAGAACUACGGCCCUGGAUCCCGCACCUGUCGUGUGUGCGGAAAUCCCCAUGGGUUGAUCAGGAAGUAUGGACUAAUGUGUUGCAGACAAUGCUUCCGUAGCAAUGCCAAGGAAAUUGGCUUCAUUAAGUACCGCUAAGAGGCUAAUUACCCCUAGAAGAGAAGAUGGGUUGAAUUUGAUGAAGAUUUUCCCAUGUUUUGCAAUGUUUUUGCGCUUGUUUACAUUGAAUAUGAAAUGACUGUUAGAAAGACAAUUGUGACUCUUUUGUUCAGAACUACUUUAUUUAACGCUUCUUAAUUGAGCUUCCCCUUUGAUAUUAUUGACUAAUAUUUUUUC